AUGGGUGAUGAUCUUGAAAUCCGCUCGGGCCGUCAGCCGACCUCUGCGUCGGUUGCAACCGAAACCACUACCGAGGUCAUCCAGCAAGGUGCGGCGGAGACACUCUGCCGCAUGCUUGGCCAGCCAGCCAGUCGGCUGGGCAUUAAAGACCUGGACGACCUUGGCCUUCCGCAGAGGGACAAGCAGGGCAAGGCCGCUAUUGCCAUCAAGGUAAAGUAUCCCCACCUCCUCCAACCUAGCCCCUACAGCUUCCGGCCAGAGCUGAUAUUGGCCAGUCGGUACAAGUUGGCUGAGUAUGUGGUGUCGGAUGACGAGACGGCUGCAGACAGUGAUGGCUCUGGUGAUGAAGACAACCACCACAGUGACAGUGGUGGUCCUGGUAAUGGCGCUGACUCAGGUGCGGCGCGAACUUAGGCAGUGACAGUCCCUAGAAAAUCCCCACCCCACAGCAACAUGAUGCAGCGCAGGCUCUUGGUACAAGUGCAGACUGAUGCGCAGGACACAGAUUCACAGGAAUUAUCCCAGCCGGACCGGGUAUGCCCCUUCAUAUGGGAUUCAGAGCGGGCAGACGCAGGUGAUAUCAGUAUAUCGCACAGUGGCUGCGGCCGUUCGUCAACUACUAUCGGAAUGACGAAUGCAGCUCGUGCCAGCUGGACGACGAGAGUCAUAAUGCUCGGCCUGAAUCUCGUAUCGGUUCCUUCUCAACAACUCGACUGGUACAAUCAAGGUCCUCCCUUCAUACACCCACGAUGUCAUAUCACUCGAUUUCGUCCGCGAAAUUAUUAACUCUAGCCGCAGAAUGGGGCUUUAUCGCACCCAAGAGUACUACUGGGGUAGGACGACCACUCAUCAUGUCACUGUGGCGGGAAACAGGGGCAAGCAACCCGACAAAUGCC